CUCUCGCUUCCUUUGACAAGUGACGAGGAAUUCAAUGAAGAAGGCUUUCUCGAGUUUCAAGCGCCGGGUCUCCAGAGCUAUGAGGUCGUCUCCUUCGACGCAGAGAGCCAACUCUGAAACAAUGUCGCACGAUUCUCAGGAUGAAAUCCAAGUUUCCUUGACCAACUACAACGAGACCGUUGUCGAGAUUCUGCUGAAAUGCCCGGAGAUGGAUCUUUCCAGGGACACUGAACUGUAUACUUUCCUCGUCGACCACUUCAACGUGCACGCGCAAGUCGCAGGGCUGCGGAAAUCUGUGGACGAGGCUUUAGAAAAGGUUCACCAAUUCCAGGGUCGGGUCGAGCAAGCGUUGCGUCAUUUCACGGAAGAGGAAAGAAUUUUCGGAGAAGACGCCAGUUUCAGGAGGACGCGCGAAGACUUGAAGAGCGUCGUGGAAUAUUCCCAUACAGAAUUGAUCGACCCAGUUUUCAUGGAGCAGUUGCAAAGCUGUCCGGGCAAGCUUGCAGCGAUGUCCCGUAAGUUGGAUGCCGUGUUGAAGAAGAUCGAAAAUCACAUCAGAUGGAAGAGGCUUGGAAACUCCGUACUCCGCAAAUCGGAGCACAUAGUGUGGCUGGUCGAAAUACCGUCGGCGAUAUUCUUAGGGCCCAUUGGUGCCCCCGUUGCCGCUGGACUCCAUGUGGGGAUCGGUUCUGCGGUUACUACACUAUCACCAUUGCUGGACCAUUCGAUAGAUGUUCUGAAGCGGAUAAAGGAAGAGGUGGAAUCGCUGAAGAACGCGAUCACGAUAGAACAGACACAAUUGGAGGAUAUGAUAGGAUUGGUAAAUGCAUGGACGAAUCUCUACAAAUCAAUAGCGGAAACCGCCGAGAUGGCGGUGGAGAGGAAAUCGCGAAUGCGCGCGGCCAUGAAGGACAUCGAUGACUGGAACUUGUCGCUGACGGACGUGGAAUUUGAUCUAUGCAUUGAGAUUGAAGACCGCGACACAAAGCUCCGGUCUGUUUUUGCCGAUUCUCCCGACAAGAUCGUAGAGUCACUGAGGAACGACAAGAAAUGCAUGUCAAAGCUCUUUCGCCGAGCCAAACCGAAGCUUUCCCGUUGAGAAACUUUGUCUCCGUUGGUUCCUAGCUUUGACUAAGGUUGACUAUCUACCGUAGUAUUCCAUUUAUA